AUGGCACUCGCUGCAGCCCACAUCCGCAUUGCACGGCCAACAGAUGACAUCGACAAACUGUUGCCUUUUUAUCGUGAUGGUCUCGGGUUCGAGGUCUUAGGCAGCUUUGUAGACCACCAAGGCUUUGACGGUGUCAUGCUAGGUCACAAGUCAGCUGGCUAUCACCUUGAGUUCACGCGGACCCGAGGUCACGUCGUCGGCCGGGCGCCCACUCGGGACAACCUUCUGAUCUUCUAUCUCCCAGAUACCGACAGUCACGCCAGGGCAGUGGCGCAGAUGGAAGGAAGUGGCUUCCCAGCCGUUGCGAGCUUCAACCCUUAUUGGGACGGAUGUGGCAAGACUUUUGAGGAUUCGGACGGAUACAGAGUGUUAGGUAUGAAUGGGGUUCAAGAUUCAAUUCAGACUUCCCCACGGCUGUUGCCGGGACAUGUCUCAAACCUCAUCAUCGUCGUCCGUAGUCAGCAAACAGGGCAGCAUCCCGACUGGCCACGAUGGUGCGGGAAGGUCUAUCAACUUGGAUACCCAAACUUUGACCCCGGCGGACAGACCCUCCCGCCUCCAAGCCCCCUUGUCCCUGGCCAGCCUCUCCUCCAUGUCCUGUUUCGGCCGCGGUACAGCCUCUACCUCGACAACGAAGAGUACGGCGAGUUUGUUGUCAAUGCCGAGUUUUCAAUGUAUCACGGCACUCCCUGGCCAAACACAACCAGCUCAUCCAAGUGGGCCAACCGGCUGAUUUUCUCCAUCAAUGUUGCCGAGGACGACGAGCCCCUUGUGCAGAACACAGUCCCCGUCAACACCACCGGCAACAUCUUUCGCUUCGAACUCGCUCGUAUAAAACCGAGUCUCACUCCCAUCGAAGUGGUCCUCUACGGUGCCCCAGAGGAUGGCACCCCAGCUUGGACUGUCACCACCACCCUCCUCUACCUGCCCUCCAAGCCCGAUGGCAGCGUGACCCGCAUCGAUAACCUCCGUGGCGGCCUUUAUUUCAGUAACCCGUCCACAAACCACACUUUCACCCCCUUCUUCCCUUACGGCUUCUAUGCCUCCUACGACGGCUUCCUCCGGCACAACGACUCAUCCCUAAUCGACCAGUACGCCGCACUCGGCCUGAAUGCCAUGACCCCUCUGACCAGCUUCAAUGACUCGGGCCCAAUGUUGGAAUACAUGUCUCAAACCAACCUCCCCUACAUGUACACCCUCCGCUCCAUCUACCGCAACACCACCCUCAUCCCCGCCUCCCUCCCCCCACCCCACCACCCCUCCACAACGAGCCUCUUCGCCUACUGGACCGCCGACGAGCCCGACGGCUGGCAAGACCCCUUCCACCUCCCCUCGGCGGCCACCACCCUCCUGCACGCCCUCGACCCCUACCACCCGGUCGCCAUCACGCUCAACUGCGCCGACUACUAUUUCGGCCCCUAUUCCGCCCCCGCCGACCUGCUCAUGGCGGACGUCUACCCGAUCGGGAUCAACGCGACGCACUCCAAGUGGGGCACCGCGUGCAACGCUACGUAUGGGGACUGCGGGUGUGAUAACUGUGAGGGGACGGUGUGGGACGUGCCGCGGCGGCUGGAGGCGUGGAGGGGGUUUGGGGCGUGGUUGGGCCGGUGGCCCAAGACGGUGCUGCUGAAUCCGCAGGCGUUUCAUGGGGAGGAUUAUUGGCUACGGGAUCCGGGGGUUGGCGAGAGUUGGGUGAUGGUGCUGUUGGCGGUGAAUCGUGGGGUGAAGGGGGUGAUUUCGUGGGUGUGGCCGACGAGUGCGGUGUUGGCGGCGGCGCAUGGGGAGUUGGCGAGGGUGUUGACGAGGGGGGAGGUGUUGGGGUUUGUGGUGGGUGGGGAGGGACCGAGCGUGUUGGAGGUGGAGGCGGAGGGGACCGAGGUGGUGGAUGUGGCGGGCUGGGUGGUGGAUGGGAGGAUGUUGGUGAGCGUGGUCAAUGGGGGUUAUGUGGAUGUGGAAGGGGUGGCGGUCUUGGUGCCGAAUACCACCGCCAUCGAGAGCACGCCGUGGGGAACCGUCGAGUGGAAGUUGGAAGGGGGCAAGUUGUCAGUUCCACUGCUGCCGGCGCUGGCGACAAGUUUGGUAAUCUUGGAUCUGCGAGGGUAGUAAGGGUAUGAAGUAAUGUGCAUGUUGAACGCCAUCUAGGGUAUCCGUUGAACUCAGUUCUACUUCCCAAAUCCCAUCCACCCCCCUCAUUAAUAUCCCUAGCUUUCUUCCAACGCCAUGC